CUCCUCCCUCUCUUUUCCACGUCAAUCCGAUGGCGACGGUGUUCCCGAACGGUGAAUGGGGUCACCGAUCCCCCUUCCCGCUAGUGCCCCGCUCACCCUAAGUGCAAGGGCAGAAACUGAAAAGAAAUGAAAGACAGUGAUUGUGAUUGAUCAUCUAUAGAUUCAUUCAUACUCCGGUCCCCUCACUAUAACCAGAUCAAAAGAACGAAUACGCUUCUUCUUCACUAACAAUAAACUUCAACCAUGGGGACCAGAGACAAACCACCGUUGCUUUCACACUACUCUAAUGGCUUCUCGAAAACAAAAAUCAACGCCAGAUUGACCGCCAUUGAACCACCAUUACUUUUUCUGUUUUCUUCAUCAAAAGCAGAGAAAGCUGAUCCCCUUUCUCUGCACCAGAAAGCUCGAAAACAACAUUUUGCACUUCUUCCGUUACGUCAUUUUCCGUCAACGUUCGAUGAGAUUAUAAAACGUUCUAUUUAGUUGAUUUCUUCAUCAGAUCUGGUGCAAUCGAUGGAGGAACAUGUCGAAACGAGUUUCCAGUCGUUUCAGUUUGUUGAUGAUCAGAUUCAGAGCAUGAUUUUAGCGCAACCUGUGCAGGAGAUUAACAAUUCGUUUACGAAUCUUCUAGAUCUAUCGCCAAAUCAAGCGGUGAAGCUCCUACACUCGCCGGACGGCUUCUGUUCCGUGUUUCCGGUGAUGGAGAUGACGUCAGCGUCUGAUCUACCGCUUUCGAGCCCUAAUUUCUGCAAUCCGGUGAAACGAGAGCCAAUCGAAACAGGUUUUUUGCAUGAUUCUCCAUCGAUUUUUACAGAUUUGAUCAAAUCGAAAUCAAGUUCAACGAAACGGAAUAAACGAGAGAAGGUGCGAUCGGUGAAGAAGAUGAAAAAUGAUACGAAAGCGAAUGAGGGAGAGAAGGUUGAGUACAUUCAUGUUCGUGCUCGGCGAGGUGAAGCAACAGAUAGUCAUAGCUUAGCCGAACGAGCAAGACGAGAGAAAAUCAAUACUCGGAUGAAGCUUCUUCAAGAACUGGUCCCUGGCUGUAAUAAGAUUUCUGGUACAGCAAUGGUGCUUGAUAAGAUAAUCAGUCAUGUACAAUCCCUGCAACAUCAAGUAGAGUUCUUAUCAAUGAAGCUGGCUGCUGUUCAACCUGAUGUUGAUAUCAACUUAGACAAUUUAAUUGCUUCAGAGAGUGGAUCACCAAUGGAGUCUAAUUUCACGGGCAUGGUCUCACCAUCAUUGUGGGUUGACGGGCAAGUCGGUGUGAACACACAACAAUAUGGUGAACCCGGAUUGAAAUCUUGAUGUGCUUGUGAUAGAAUCUUUGUUUGGGCCGAUUGUCGGUUGCAAAUAGUUAUGCCGAUUGUUGUUGAAGUUAGGUAGCUAGCUGUUCAUAUGUUGGUAGAAAUUGAUGUAGAGAGGAAGAUUGAUUAUUCAUUUGUGUUGCAAAGUUUGAAGCAACUUCAAGAAAUUUAAUCCAAGGUUCACAUGAACUCAAUAUUCA